AUGGACGCCUCGCCGCUGCCGGCGCGCGGCCUCGCCGCUGCCGGGCGCGGCACAAAAGUGAUCCUCACCGACCUCCGAAAGCACGACGACCUCAACGGAGAGGUCGGCUUCAUCGUCUUCAAGCCAGACGACCGCUUCGACGGCGAGCUCCGGUACCGCGUCCUCCUGCGCGACCACCCGGACAUCGUCUUUGCCAAGGGAUCAAACCUGCUCGUCGACACGAGCGUCGACGACCACCCGAUCCAGUCGCUCCUCGACUGCUUCAAGCAGAAGCUCGGACUGACCGCUUCGAUGUGCCAUUCCGUGCUCGCGCAAGCCCUGUCCGAGUCGAUGAUCCAGCCGGCGUGCCGCGCACUCGCCAGGCCCGCACUCGCCCGCGCCCCGCCCCUGACGGCCUGCCCGUCAGCGCAGAUCUGGGACGCCGCCUCCUUCGACCACGAGUCCGACAGCGCAGUGGUCGAACUUGCAAAGAUUCCCGAUGAGCAAGCGCUGGACAUCCGCAACGAGCGCGGCGAGGCCGAGAAGAAGGCCAACGAGCGCCGCGAGCAGCCCUCGACCAGCUCGGCGCCGACUCGCGCCUCGGCGCGCCAGGCGUCGGCAGACUACAACCAGCCCAACUACCUUCCGCCGGCGAUGCUUGGCGAGGACGGCGAGGAGGUGGAGGAGGACGAGGACGAGGACGAGGGCGGGAGCGUGGCACAGGUCUCCGACGGGGGGAGCGACAGCGACGGCGACGGCUCCGACUUCGACUUUGAGACGCUCGGAGCGCCGCGGGCGCCCGCCAAGCCCUCCCGCAAGGCGAAGGCGGCCAAAAAGGCGCCGACCGGCGGCAAGGCCAAGGCGGGCGGCGAGCGCAAGAAGAAGCGGGUCUCGACCCGCGGCGCCAGGGCGAGCAUCACCCCCGGCGGCCGCGGCUUCUUCCGCGAUACGGCGGAGGGGAUCUUCGAGCACAUCGAGCGCGCCCACCCCGGGCUCGAGCCGCGCCGCGAGGUCAAGUGCCUCUUCGACGGCUGCGCGAAGCCGUGGGUGAAGUGCGUCCUCCGCGGCAACGGCACCAUCAACCUCCACCACGUGCGGACGCACGAGGCGCUCCACUCCAUCGGCGACCCGCCUCGCAAGGGCUUCGUUUGCCCGAGCUGCGACUCCCUGCACGACACGGCCGACGCGGCGUGGGCGUGCGCGGCGACGCACGGCGUCGAGCACGACAACAAGCGCUGCCUCUGGGAUGGCUGCGGCGAGAGCUUCAAGUUCCCGUCGACCUACAAGGCGCACGAGCCCAAGCACACCGGCAUCUGGCCCUUCCACUGCCCGACCUGCGGCGAGGGGCAGAAGACAAAGGCCGAGGCGGACGGCCACUGCGUGAUCGGCUCCGCCUGCGUUUGCGGCUGGGUGUCGUACGCCUGCCGCGGCAAGAGCCUCAACGAGAAGGAGCUUGCCGCGCACCUCAAGCGCUGCCGGGCGGAGGGCGGGCUCGCGACCAAGGACACCUUGGCCGUCGGCCAGGUCAAGCGCCGCAAGCUCAACGAGGCGGAGUGA